AAGGAAUAUUGGACAUUCAAAUUGGCGAGUAGUACUAAGACUUGGCUGGGCUACAACAGAUUUCUACGUUCCAGGUGAUACAUCUUCGAACAGUGCAAGUCACCGUGCUAUUGUCCCGGAAUCACUACCACGUUGUCUUUCUGUUCGUGUUGGUGGUCGAGUUAUCCCCCUGCCUGAUCCAAUUUUCCAUGGAGGUCAAGCUCAGCGUUUAGGCAAACGACUUCGUAUGUCUAUUGAUAUUACUGAAAAAGUUCUUAUGAAAUGUAAUUCUGGCAUCAGAAAUAAAGUUGUCGAUAUUGAAUUGACUUGGUUGCAUGCACCACUAGAAGAUCAAACUAUGGAUCUGUUAAGUCUACUUGCUGAUGGAUUAGUCUCUCCUUUACUCUGUCAUCUAGUCGGUUUGCCUUUAGUUCAAGUGACACUGGAUCGAGUGUAUACAGUUGCCGACCUACGAAAUAUUUUCAGUCCAGGAGAUCCAGAUGCAUUGAAGAAGUUCAUUGAAGGACCUGUAUUAGAUGAUACAAAUUUUCCACCUUUAACAACAAAUUCAGAUGACUCGGGGCCUUUAGAACAUCAUGGAGUUUAUGGAAUAUAUGAUAGCUGUCUACCUCCUGAAUGUAUACUACGUAUGGAGAAUACAAAGCUUGAAUUGAAAUCUCGUUUUGAGAAGAAUGAUGACAGCGAUAAUGAUGUGAUUAUCGGAGAUGGAGAUGCAGAUGGCGAUGUUGAAGCGGCUGAUUACAUUCCAAUAUGCUUAUUGUGUCCACUUACUCGAACAAGAAUUGAGAUUCCUGUAAGAUCGUAUAAUUGUUCGCAUCUUCAAUGUUUCGAUUUAAGUUCCUAUCUAACAAUGAAUCUGCGUCGACCUCGUUGGACAUGUCCAAUAUGUAGUACACAUUCACCAUUUCGUGAUUUAAGAGUUGAUGAAUUAUUUAUGAGUAUUAUUCAAGAUCCACGUAGUGCUAAUCUUGAAUUUGUUCAUGUGGAUUCAAAUGGUGAUUGGCAUUUAAACAGUUUCCGUAGUACUAAUGCUGCUCCUACUGCUACUGCUACUGCUACUGUUCCUGCUACCAAUGAUUCACUCACUGACGACAAAUGUCCACCAUCUACACAAAUCAAGUCUACCGACGAUGAUGCCGCAUCAAAUAAUAAUAAUAAUAAUAAUCAAGAAGGUAAUCAUGAUAGUUGUUUGAUAGAAACUAAUAGUGUUGUCAAGGAGGAUAAAACAGAAAGCGGCGGUGGAGGUGAAGGCGAAAGCGGCAAUUCCCCUGAAAAAAGUCAAAGCAUAAUGAAUGAAUCCAAGGAAACGGUAACAUCUGUUGAUAGCCUUGAGGCUACUACUACUACUACUGCGACUACGACGACGACGACUUCUCCUACUGCCACUACCACUACCACUAGCACUACUGGAGUAAGAGAAAAUCGUCAUUCAGAGGAACCUAUAGUGAUUAUAUUAAGCGAUGAUGAUGAUGAUGAUGAUGUUAAUGAGAAUGGCGGUGACGGUGGCGAAAAGAAUGAAGAAGGUCAUCCAUCCAGCACUCAUAGUGAAUUAAGAAAUGAUAAUGAAAAUAGGAAUUCUACUGAUAAAUUAAAGAGUCCUGUACGUAAUCACUCUUUACCACAUACAGAUGAAAAAGUCAAUGGAAUUACACCAAUUCCUCUUUCAAAAUAUACAACCUUUGAAAUUGAUUUAACCAAUGAUGACUCUUCAGACUCAUCACUUAAUGAUGAUACACCUAGUAGAAUAUUAGAGAAAGUAAAAUCAUUUAAUAAACAACAUCAACAGCAACAACAUCAGCAUCAUCGUCAGCAGCAUCAGCAGCGUAAUCGUCAUCCUCGUCAUCCCUAUACUAUUGUACCACUAGCACCACGACCGUCACAACCGCCACAACCUCAACCUCAACAACAAUUAGUAAUCAAUAAUGGUGGAGAAGUUGGCCAACAACAAUUAUUCAAUUCAACAACAACCACAACACCAUCAUCAUCCUCGUCAUCAUCAACAUCAACUUCAUCCUCUUCAGAGUCAUCUAUGCGUACACCUGAUCAACAACAACAACAACAACACCACCAACAGCACCAUCCUCUUCAUCAACAAUUAAGUCUUUGUACUAAAGGUGAUCCAUUGAUUGUCAUUAGUCCGCUACCGGCAAUGAGUGUUGCCAGUGCAAUAUCCGGUUCACUUAGAAUCGAUGAUGAAAUUGAUAUGCAUUUAAUGAAUCAAUAUAAUUCCUUGAGAAAUGAACUUUCUAAAGAUGCUAAUAAACAAUUAUCACUUUUAAACAAUAAUAAUAACAAUACUAUUAUUACUAUUACUACAACUAGUACUAAUAGUAAUACUACUGCUACUACUACUACUACUACAAAUGACAAUGGUAGUAGUACUGGUGCCGGUGCUGGAGCUGGUAAUUGGUCUAUGCUGUCUAUGCCCUCGUUUACUACAACAAAUGAUGCUUUGCUCAAUUCACUGAAUCCUGAGUCGGAAUUUUAUAAACAUUUAUUAGAAGUGACUGCAGAUCGAGUGAAUCAAACAUUACUUAAGCAUAAUUCAUCAAUUGAUAACAAUAAUACUACUAAUACUAGCAGGAGUAGUAGUAGUGGUGCAAAUAAACGAAAAAGUAAUUUAUCAUCAAGUAUUGACAGUAAACGAAUUGACAAUCGAACAAAAUCCUCUUCUAAGAAGAUUGUUUUAUUGGAUUCUGAUGAUGAAAUGAUUGAUGCUAUAUCGAAUUCCAUUCCAACCUCUCCGACUACUACUACUACACAUCGUCGAAAUGCUCAUAUAGUGAAAAUGCAACAAGUCACCGCUCUAGCUCGUCUAAUCCAAGAAAGAUCACGUCGUAUUAAACCUUCGACUGAAACAUCGAAAAAUCAAAACCAAAGCCAAAGUCUAGAGGCGUCGUCGACAGUCGACAAUCAUCAUCAUCAUAAUCAUCCGUCAACAAGUUAUACCACCAGCAGUAGCAGUAGUAGUAGAACUGUACAAAAACACAACAAUACCCCCCUCCCUAGAGAACCUUCUCCGAGAAGAAGAACACGUCCACUUAGACAAAAUCGUCGAAAAAGUCGAAUUGAACCGAUUGACAGUGAAAAUUCCUCUUGUAGUAGUACUAGUGAUGCUUGUUGUAUUUCAGAAAUGUCAUGUAUCUCAGAAUCAGGAGAAGAAGGAGAAGAUGAUGAAGAAGAAGCAGCAUCACGUGGAUCUUCAUUCAGUGGGUCACAGUUCACAGAUGAAGAUGAUGACGAUGAUGAUGAUGAUGAUAUAUCGAUUGAGUCUUUCUCAUCCGACGAUCGUUGGUCACCGUCACGAGAAUAUACUUCCAAUAAUAAGAAACAAACAAACAAACGGAAACCUACAAAAGUUAGACGAUGAAAAUUAUGUAUUUCUCUUUUAUUGUUCAGAUUUCUUAACAUUGUUAUUAUUAUUAUUAUUACUGGCUGUACUGGCAUUUCUAUUCUCCCUAUAAAGUUUGUACAGUUUAAUGUUGGUUUUGCCAAUGCCUAUUUGUAUAUUUGAAACAUGAUCUCUCAUUUGAUGAAUGAAUAAAAUAAAGUAAAAUUGUGUUAAUUAA